CCCACCUGCUUCCGGCCGCGGCUCACUUCUCCCGCCUCCGCCUCCGCCGCGGCUCGUGGUCGUCCCGCCAUGGCACUGUCGCGGGGGCUGCCCCGGGAGCUGGCUGAGGCCGUGGCCGGGGGCCGGGUCCUAGUGGUGGGGGCGGGCGGCAUCGGCUGCGAGCUCCUCAAAAACCUCGUGCUCACUGGCUUCUCCCACAUCGACCUGAUUGAUCUGGAUACUAUUGAUGUCAGCAACCUCAACAGGCAGUUUUUGUUUCAAAAGAAACAUGUUGGAAGAUCAAAGGCCCAGGUUGCCAAAGAGAGUGUACUGCAGUUUUACCCGAAAGCUAAUAUCAUAGCCUACCAUGACAGCAUCAUGAACCCUGACUAUAAUGUGGAAUUUUUUCGACAAUUUAUAUUGGUUAUGAAUGCUUUAGAUAACAGAGCUGCCCGCAACCAUGUUAAUAGAAUGUGUCUAGCAGCGGAUGUCCCUCUUAUUGAGAGUGGAACUGCUGGUUAUCUUGGGCAAGUAACCACUAUCAAAAAGGGUGUGACCGAGUGUUACGAAUGUCAUCCCAAACCAACCCAGAGAACUUUUCCUGGCUGUACAAUUCGUAACACACCUUCAGAACCUAUUCAUUGCAUUGUCUGGGCGAAGUAUUUGUUCAACCAGUUGUUUGGAGAAGAAGAUGCUGAUCAAGAAGUAUCUCCUGACAGAGCUGACCCUGAAGCUUCCUGGGAACCAAUGGAAGCUGAAGCCAGAGCCAGAGCAUCUAGUGAAGAUGGUGACAUUAAACGUAUUUCCACCAAGGAAUGGGCUAAAUCAACUGGAUAUGAUCCAGUUAAACUUUUUACCAAGCUUUUUAAAGAUGAUAUCAGGUAUCUAUUGACUAUGGACAAACUAUGGCGGAAAAGGAAACCUCCAGUUCCAUUGGAUUGGGCUGAAGUGCAAAGUCAAGGAGAAGAAACCAGUGCAUCAGAUCAACAAAAUGAACCCCAGUUAGGUCUGAAAGACCAGCAGGUUCUAGAUGUCAAGAGCUAUGCGUGUCUUUUUUCAAAGAGCAUUGAGACUUUGAGAGUUCAUUUAGCAGAAAAGGGGGAUGGAGCUGAGCUCAUAUGGGACAAGGAUGACCCAUCUGCAAUGGAUUUUGUCACCUCUGCUGCAAAUCUCAGGAUGCAUAUUUUCAGUAUGAAUAUGAAGAGCAGAUUCGAUAUCAAAUCAAUGGCAGGGAACAUUAUCCCUGCUAUCGCUACUACUAAUGCAGUGAUUGCUGGGUUGAUAGUAUUGGAAGGACUGAAGAUUUUAUCAGGAAAAAUAGACCAGUGUAGAACAAUUUUUUUGAAUAAACAACCAAACCCACGAAAGAAGCUUCUUGUGCCUUGUGCACUGGAUGCUCCCAACCCUAACUGUUACGUAUGUGCCAGCAAGCCAGAGGUGACUGUGCGGCUGAAUGUUCAUAAAGUGACUGUUCUCACCUUACAAGAUAAGAUUGUGAAAGAAAAAUUUGCUAUGGUAGCACCAGAUGUCCAAAUUGAAGAUGGAAAAGGAACAAUCCUAAUAUCUUCAGAAGAGGGAGAGACAGAAGCUAAUAAUCACAAGAAAUUGUCAGAAUUUGGAAUUAGAAAUGGGAGCCGACUUCAAGCAGAUGACUUCCUUCAGGACUACACUUUAUUGAUCAACAUCCUUCAUAGUGAAGACCUAGGAAAGGAUGUUGAAUUUGAAGUUGUUGGUGAUGCCCCAGAAAAAGUGGGGCCCAAGCAAGCUGAAGAUGCUGCCAAAAGCAUAACCAAUGGCAGCGACGACGGAGCUCAGCCUUCUACAUCCACAGCACAAGAGCAAGAUGAUGUGCUCAUAGUUGAUUCGGAUGAAGAAGGUCCCUCAAAUAAUGCUGAUAUCAGUGAAGACGAAAGAAGUCGCAAGAGGAAGCUAGAUGAGAAAGAGAGUGUCAGUGCGAAAAGGUCACGCAUAGAGCAGGCAGAGGAGCUUGAUGAGGUUAUAGCAUUAGAUUGAACAGAACUGCCUCUGAACGGAACCUCUUACUCCAUUAAGGCCUUCUGGGCAGAACCAGGUUAUUUGUUACGUCCUUUGUUCCAAAGGGAAAAAAUUGACACCAGUGACUUGAAGAUGAUUCUGCUCCCUUUGAAAGCAUUCAUUUUGCUAGAACUAUUAGAAACAUUGCAGUGUGCUGUACUGAAAGUAGGAAUAUAGUUUUAAAACCCUUUGAACAAAGUAUGUGCAUAACCAGUCCAUGAGAUGAAACAACACAAUGCAUGUUGCCUUUUUAAUGUAAAUACCCUUAGGUAUCAUUUAACAGUUUUAAAAUAUUGUGGUUUAGUAAAGUUGAUACCUGGUUAUAAAUAUUAUGCCUUUAUUUUUGGUUAGAAGAAGAAUUAUUUUUAGCCUAGAUCUAACCAUUUUCAUACUCUUAACUUACUGAAACAGAUUCAAAGAAGUAUCAAGUGCUAUGCAUUGAAACUUGUUUUUAAAUGUUAACUGGCACUAUGUAUAUUAAUGUAAAACAGUUGUUAAUUUACUCAAGUUUUCAGCUUGUACUGCCUGGUAUGUCUGUGUAAGAAGCCAAUUUUUGUGUAUUGUUACAGUUUCAGGUUAUUUAUAUUUGAUGUUUUGUAAAACUCAAAUACAACUAUACUGUACUUGCGGACCAAAUAAAUGACAUCUGCAUACUUGUUAUACAUGCCUGCACAGUUCAUGUUUCUGCUGCCUUACUGGGUUUAUACAUUGUAUUAUAUGCUGCAGGCAUACUAUAUUCUUUCCUUUUAGAAAAUUAACUCAGAAAUGGAUUACCAUAGAUGAGUACUGUUUACCACAGAUGAGUACUUUUAAAAAGACAGCUAUCUUUUAAAGGCAUGUUGCUUUUUAAAUGAUUGUAAACUGUUGGCCUUCUGUUGAGAACAUUCAAGUGAUCUUUGCUCAGCCCCAGUAACUUGGAGUCGUGGAUUUGAGAUUCCACAUGGCAAGUCUCCUCCACUCUGGGUGUCCCCAGGUCAUCCAAGGCCCUUCUUGCAUGUACCCUUCCGGGCCCAACUCUGACCAGCACAUGUGGCCAGGCCAGGCCGAUGGAUCAGCACCCACAUCUCCUGGACCUCCGAACGCCUUGGCCCCUAGGCUGCUCUCCUGCAGAUGUGCCUGGAGUUUUCAAAUAACAGAAACCCAUGAAGCUGUUUUCCCUGUUCUGUACCUCUGCCUUGGUGUUUUUGGCCACAGUCAAUGAAAUUUCAACUUGGUAAUUCAUUAUGUUCCCUGUUGUGUAAUUCUUACUCUGCCAUCCAGCUUACGAAGGUUUCAUUUUCCUCCAGAAAAGAAUUUUUUUUGAAAUUACAGAACUGUGUUACAGAUAAAAGUGGAAUAUCCUGAAAUACCCUCUCAGAAGCAAAUUUUGGUUAACUGGUUGGUCACUGAUGGUUAUCUCCGGUUUUGAAAUUUUGAAAUCUGAAGAGUUCUCGAGAGAAUCUGAAUUUUGGAAGUCUCCCCAUUCCUUAAAACCUCAUCCACCCUGCCUUUUUCGACACAGUUAUCAACAGUGUAUUUCCAGCAUUUUGUUUAUGUUCUUUUUUUUUUUUUUUUUCUUAUGUGAAUGUAUAGUGGCAUUAAAUGCCAGUGUGAUUUGUAGAAUGUGUUUCUCUCUUGGCAGCGGUUUUCAGUUUUGCAGCAACUCUAUUAUUACUUUUCCAGCAGUUUCUGUUUUUAUAAAAAUCUGGGUUUAUCAGCAAAGCAGGCCUGACCACAGUGGUCUUGUUUAACUAGACUAAGAUCCAAACUGCCCCUAUGUCCCUGGAGUGUGGAGGUACUUUAGAUCUGGCCUUUGUAUUCAUGGUUUUCCCAGGUGAGUCUUCUCAGUUUAUGGAGCUGGAAGCAAGGCUCAACAAGCAUGUUUCCCCAGCAGCUCCAGCCUGAAACAGUCUGACAAACCAUAUUCCAGCCUCAUUGGGAGCAGUCUGGUGACUCAAGUUUACCUAGACAGUCCCUUCUCACAAAGAUCAUGCUGCAUACUUGGCAGGUACCAUGAAAGGAUUCCGUGUUUUAAUGAGAGCCUGAACCAUUAACGGAAUAACUGAUCAGGCAAAGAUCAUCAGUGGAUGCAAAACCUAAAAGGCUACCAAGGAGCAGAAUCUUUGUGGAGUGCUCAAAUGUUGCUAUAUAAACUUGAAAAGUGUAAAGCUCUUUGUCUUGACAAUAGACUGAUCUAUCAUCAUUGUAAUCAAGUGAUCAAACCAGGCAUCACUAAUGGGACAGCCUGGUAUGUGCUUCCUGAUAGGAGAUGAUGAUUUGAAGGAUCCAACACCUAGGCCCCUCCCCACCCCAAAAAGGUAACUUGAAUUUAACAUCUAGACUUCCAACCAACAGGAAGCAGAGGAGUAGAGAAGCGAGUUACACAUUAAGGGGAAAUAAAUGGGUGAAUAUAGAAUGUGUGACAUUCUAGAACUCAAGUGUAAAAUGAUUCUUGUGACAAUUGGAAAUUUGAAAAUGGAACAAAUUGGGUGAUAAUGGAUUUCUUAGCUGUGGUAUUGUUCUUAUAGUUAUGUAGGCCAUUGUCCUUGAGAGAGAUUAGAGAUGAAGCUCACAACACCUACAACUUCUAAAUGGCUCAGCAAAAUAAAAAAUACAGGAAGAAAAACAAAAUUAACAUUGGAUUUCAGUGGAGCCUAUAUAUAUUGUUUAUUGUGCCAUCUAACUUUUCUCUGAGAACUUUAAUAAAAGUGGAGAUAUAUUUUGUA